AUGAAGAUUAUAUCAAACACCUUGGACAGCCAAGUCCACCGUUUUCUGAGCUCUUCCGCUGUGCUCGACUGUGCCUUGUUCGGUCGUCUCCUCCAGCACUUCACCGAACACCGUCUUCCUCUUCAAGCGAAGCAACUACACGCGCGGCUCAUCCUCUUCUCCGUCACGCCAAGAAACUACCUUGCUUCCAAACUUGUUACUCUAUACGCCAAAACCAACGACCUAACCGACGCCCGUUCCGUGUUCGAUCGAAUUCCCCAUAAGAACACCUUUUCUUAUAAUGCCAUGCUCAUAUCUUAUUCCCUCCAUAACCGCCACGCAGACGCAUUGAAGCUUUUCUCGUCGUUAGCCUGUUCGAGUUCAUUGAAUGCGAGGCCUGACAAUGUCUCCAUUACUACUUUGUUAAAGUCACUGUCUGGUUUGUUGUUUAUUGAUGUUAAAUUGGGUAAGGAGGUUCAUGGUUUUGUUCUGAGACAGGGGUUCGAUGCUGAUGUUUUCGUCGAGAAUGCUUUGGUUACGUUUUAUUCGACUUGUGAUGAAUUGGUUUUAGCGAGAAGGGUGUUUGAUAAUGUGAGGGAGAGAGAUGUGGUGACGUGGAAUUCGAUGAUUGCGGGUUAUUCUCAGGGAGGGCUCUAUGAGGAAUGUAAAAGAUUGUAUAGGGAAAUGGUUGAUUUUUCGGGUUUUAGGCCUAACGGGAUCACUGUGGUCAGUGUCUUGCAAGCAUGCGGGCAAACAAUGGACCUUGUUUUUGGAAUGGAAGUUCAUAGGUAUCUUGUUGAUAAUCAGGUUGAAAUGGAUAUUUCCGUUUGUAAUGCUUUGAUUGGAUUUUAUGCAAAAUGUGGGAGCUUGGAUUAUGCUAGAGAAUUGUUUGAAUUGAUGAGUGAAAAGGAUGAAGUUACUUAUGGUGCUAUUAUAUCCGGAUUCAUGCUUCAUGGGCAUGUUGAUCAAAGUCUGGAUUUUUUUAGAGGAAUGAAAACUCAACUGUUAAGUACAUGGAACGUAGUUAUUUCAGGUUUGGUACAAAAUAAGCAGUAUGAGAAGGCAUUAGAUUUGGUUAGAGAAAUGCAGGUACUUGGUUUUCAACCAAAUGCUGUAACACUUUCGAGCAUACUUCCUGCCUUAUCAUGUUCUUCAAGUUUGAAAGGAGGGAAAGAGAUGCACGCUUAUGCUGUUAAAAAUGGUUAUGACGACAAUAUCUAUGUUGCAACUGCAAUUGUUGAUAUGUAUGCAAAGUUAGGAUAUCUUGGUGGGGCACAGAGGAUGUUUGAUCAAUCAAAAAGUAGGAGCUUGAUUAUUUGGACUGCAAUAAUCUCAGCAUAUGCUGUCCAUGGAGAUGCUAAUUUGGCUCUUGGUCUUUUUCAUGAGAUGUUGAAUGGUGGAAUUCACCCUGAUCUAGUCACAUUUACUGCAGUGUUGACAGCUUGUGCUCAUUGCGGAAUGGUGGAUGGAGCUUUCGAGAUCUUUGAGGCUAUGUUUAAGAAAUAUGGCAUUCAGCCUUUGGCAGAGCAUUAUGCUUGCGUGGUAGUUGCUCUAAGCAGGGCAGGGAGGCUCUCUGAAGCUAAGGAGUUUGUUUCUAAAAUGCCAAUAGAGCCAAAUGCGAAAGUUUGGGGCGCAUUACUGCAUGGAGCUUCUGUUUCUGGUGAUGUUGAACUUGGCAAGUUCAUUUGUGAUCAUUUGCUUGAAAUUGAACCAGAAAAUACCGGCACUUAUGUCAUCAUGGCCAAUUUGUAUUCCCAGGCAGGGAAAUGGAAAGAAGCUGAUGAGGUCAGAGAAAGGAUGAAUAAAGUUGGCUUAAAGAAGAUAGCAGGCAGUAGUUGGAUAGAAACUAGUAAAGGAAUACAAGGUUUUAUUGCUAUGGACAGAUCUAGCGAAGAUGCUGAAAAAAUAUAUAUAAUAUUGGAAGGGUUGCUUGGGAUGAUGAGAGAAGAAGGGAAAGUUUUGCAGUAUGAGCUUGAUGAGGAGAGUAUUUAUGGUUAAGCAAUAGGAAGAGGCUUUUUUUUUUUUUUUAUUCGCAUGCCAUAUAUCUAAUGCUUAGAAAUUAGAAUACCUGUGGCAAAAGAUUCGCUUUUUCUUGAAUUUUAUUUAUUGAAUUGAGUUGUGCAAUCUGGCCACAGUGCUUAUAACGUCUGACCCUUCUCAAAUCAUUCAGAGAUCGUAAUUGAACAUUUAGUUGCCAGAUUUGUCAUCUUAUUUAUCAUACAUGAGAGGAAUUGGUUUGCCAUAUUGUACUUCAUCAAAUACAUUUAGGGAAGGCACAGCAGAGGACGGUUUUGAAAGGGAAAAAGAAAAGAUUGGGGAGGAGUUCAGAUUGAUACAUUUAGGGAAGGCACAUUUUCUCUUUCUAAUAUUCUUUAGCCUCUAAGCUUUCUGCGGUCAGUGGCGAAAAGCUUUUGGAAUAUAGUGGACUUGCUCUUC